CGAGCUACUACAAAUGCAGCAUUUGUGUUGACGUCACGGUCAGCUGAUUUGUUGGGAAGUAAACACCGACAACUACCACGGUCAAAGAUGGCGUCUCUAAUCUGCACCUUACAAAACCAUCAAGACGAUGUCAACUGGUGUGCCUUCUCCGCUAAGCUGCUAGCUACAUGCUCUGGGGACAAAACUCUCAGGAUAUACAACACUCAUGACUUCUCCGAGCUGCCUUUCUCACCACUGACGGGCCACGGCUACAGCGUCCACUGCUGCUGCUUCAGCCCGUGCGGUCAGUUCCUUGUCUCGUGCUCCACUGACGCCACCACGGUGGUCUGGUCCGUAGUCACUGGGGACAUCGAGGCAGUCCUGGAGCACCCUGGUCGUAGCCCUGUCAGGAUCUGUGCCGUGUCCCCAGACUCUGUCCACCUGGUCUCCGGUGCCUCUGACGGCACCUUGGCUCUGUGGGAUUUCCCUUCCAAGCAACUGCGCAGGACCGGGGGAGUAAGUGACACAACCAUGGUAGCUUGCUCCUUCAGCCCCUGCAGUCAGAUGUUCAUGACCGGCUCCACUUAUGGGGAUCUGCGUCUCUGGGACCUGCACAUGAACCAGCUCCAUGCUGAGAAGAACGCCCAUGACCUCGGCGUGUCUUGCUGCACUUUCGCUCCCAGCAUCCACAGUGGUGGUCAACACGUACAGUUUCAUUUGGCAUCCUGCGGACAAGACUGCCACCUGAAGAUUUGGGCCAUUAACAAGCUCCACUCUGGAGCCUACAAGAUGCAGCUCCUGCACACAUUAACGGGUCAGUCGGCGCCGGUCCUCUGCUGUGCAUAUUCCUCAGAUGGGCAGCUGCUUGUCUCUGGGUCUGUGGAUAAGAGUGUUACAGUCUAUGAUGCAGAUAAUGCAGUUUUGCUUUACACGCUGAACCACCAUGAGAGGUACGUGACGGCAUGUUCCUUCUCUCCAACGUCGUCUCUGAUCGCUACGGGAUCUAUGGAUAAAAGUGUGAACAUCUGGAGACUGGAGGAUGGAUGCAGUGGAAACGAUGGGAAGAUGUUGCCUGAAGAGUGCGCACAAACAUCAAAUGAAGGAAAACCCGCGGCAGGUCGAUCGAAGCUGCUGGUUGCCGAUUGGUCAGAGGAGGAUGUCUCCGAGUGGCUAGUGGAGGAGGGACUUGGGGGACUGGUGGACAAAUUCAAGGCCAAUAACAUAGACGGCACAGAGCUGCUCCGUCUCACCAAGGAAACACUGGCGUCAGAGCUGAGCAUAGACUCGGUCGGCCUGCGCAGCAAACUCCUGCGAAAGGUGGAGGAGCUGAAGGAUGAUUCCGUCUGUUCUGGGAUUCCUGACGAGUUUCUGUGUCCCAUCACCAGAGAGCUGAUGAGGGAGCCUGUUAUUGCUGCCGAUGGAUACUCGUACGAACGAGAGGCCAUUGAGAGUUGGAUCAACACCAAAAACCGUUCCAGCCCCAUGACGAACCUCCCCUUACUGACGACUCUGCUCACCCCCAACCACACCCUGAAAAUGGCCAUUAGCCGCUGGAAGACCAGCCAGUAGCAUCCCAGAAACAGGAUCACAUCUGUCCCACAUCAUUUCACUUCUUCUCAUGAUGGGUCUCUUCUGGUUUGCUGUUUAACGUCACCAUCCGCUGCUGGGACUUGGUCAUCAGGAUUGUCUUCGUUAAUGUUGGACAGACUUUCUUCACCGAUCAUUCCCUGACACUGGUCAUUUUUCUUUUUGCUGACUUAAUCUUAAAGAGAUGUUUUUACCUUUAAACUUUGGAAAUAUUCAUCGAAGUGUUGUUGAAACGGAACUAAAUGAUGCUUAACUGUUGAAAAUCGUUGGUGAUUUCGUAACAAAUAACCAUAAAAAUCAGGUCUAAAAUACCUGGGAGUAGGUCUAAGUACCACAUCAGAAGCCAUGUUUCGUUCUACGGGAGCCUGUGAAGACAAAACACAUUUACUGAUUUGUAACAGUUAUAGAACUUUCCCCAUUCAUAAACGUUGUUUUACACAUCUACAUCUUGGCUUGUGGCCAGUUAUGAAAAGGAGUCUGAUGUGCUUGUCCUUUGACUGGAGGUUGUGCUCCCAAGGAUUUUUGACCCUAAUGGCUAUCCGUUGGUAAGGCCUCACUCAAACACAAAAUACCGUUUGCUUGCAUUGAUUUAGGCAUGUACUGCAUGAAAUUAUGUACUAAAAAUUUCUACCAUUUAAAUGUUAUUUUAUUAGUUUAAUGUUUAGAUAUGAACAUUUCUGAACCAUACUGUGAAACAAGCAGAAGUAGAAAUGUCAUUCUCCUUUAAUAGUUUUAUUAAACCACACUUAUAAUGUGGUGACAUUCUGUUUAUCAUGACAUAACUGUAAAGGGGUUUUGACAACUAUGAACAUAAUGCAAUCUAUUAAAUCUGCUGUUUUUUC